GCAUGGUAACAAUGCUGUUGCCAGUCACGUGGCUGUGGUGUGCGGCAUAAGGUGGGCGUGAUCUAUGAAGUCUGCACGGUCAUUACAUAUAACAGAGGAUGCUGUGCAGUAUUCAGCAUCUAGGCUUUCGGAUAGCAGACAAAGAUAACGUUAAUCAGAUUGGAAAUGGAUGUCUGCAAUUCUCAAGUAGAAAACAUGGAUACCUCUGACGUACCAUGGUGUUGGUUCUACUUGGCGGAGUGUGGAGUGUGGCACAUGUUUGAUAAUGAAUCAAGUCAUCAAUUAAUGAUUAGUCACAAAAUUGAGGAGCAUUACAGAAAUAAUGGCGGGGGUACCAUAAUCCUUUUUGCCAACCAAUGUGAAUACUCUUUGAACUUAUCAGAAAUGAAGCUAACUAAUAAAACAACAGGAAGACAGUGUUCUGUAAAGCGAGCUCCUUAUAGAUUAACAACAUUUAGGUAUAUCUGUGAUAAUGUGUCAAUACCCGUUCCAUCUCAUUGGGAAAAUGUUACAGAUGAACCUUACCAGCUUGUUCCUCUGCAUCCAAGCACACAUGAAUUUCAUGAAGUCUGUAACUUUCUCAGAAAAACUUCAAAUGAGAGUGUUAAAGAAAUAGCAAGAAUUCAGAAUACUUACUUAUGGGAAUGUUUUUGCCGGAAAAAAAGACAAAUGUGUAAGCUUAAGCGAGUUAUUGAUAUUGAAGAAAUGAAAUUAUUUCAUGGAACUAGCUUGAACAAUCUACGUGACAUAUGCUUUCUUAACUUUGACCCACGGUUACAUGGUAGUAAUGGAACACUGUUCGGAAAAGAUGCCACUGAACCUGACACAGAAAAAGUGAUAGCUAUAAAAGAAAUGGAGUCUCCACAAGAUAAAUCUAAAGUAAAAAUAAUUCUGGGAAUGAUCAACUGCCUCUCCAGAUUUGCCCUAAGACUCUCAGAGAUUAUUCCGCUUUUGUGA